AGUAGAUCCGAGUCUGCGCAGUGAGAACGAAUUGUGAAAACGGAGCUUCAUAUGAAAAACCGACCGAACAAGCGACAAGAACUUGUUGAUACAAUCAUCAGUCCCGUUUGCUAUUAAAAGGUGGAAAUGAGAGCCGUUCUAGCAUGGAAAGAAACCAUUCGGGAUCAAUGUGUUUAUGAUCUUGCCUUCAAGCCAGAUGGCAGCCAACUCAUCAUUGCUGCAGGGCUUCGUGUCCUGGUUUAUGACGUAGCAGAUGGAGCUAUUAUCCAGCCUUUAAAAGGACACAAAGACAUAGUGUACUGUGUGGCCUAUGCUAAAGAUGGCAAAAGGUUUGCCUCAGGCUCAGCAGAUAAAAGCAUCAUCAUCUGGACGUCUAAACUGGAGGGUAUUUUAAAAUAUACUCACAAUGACUCUAUCCAGUGUGUUGCCUACAACCCUGUCACUCACCAACUUGCUUCAUGCUCUACUGGGGAUUUUGGUCUAUGGUCCCCGGAGCAAAAAUCUGUGAACAAACAUAAAGUAAGCAGCAAAAUAACAUGUUGUGGGUGGACAAAUGAUGGCCAGUACCUUGCCCUUGGGAUGAUGAAUGGAGUGGUGAGCAUUCGGAACAAAAACGGAGAGGAAAAGGUCAAGAUAGAACGUCCGGGAGGCUCCUCUUCUCCUAUCUGGUCUAUAGCCUGGAACCCCUCUAAGGAUGAGCACAAUGACAUUCUGGCUGUGGCAGACUGGGGUCAGAAGCUGUCUUUCUAUCAGCUCAGUGGAAAGCAGAUUGGAAAAGACAGGACUCUCACCUAUGACCCUUGUUGCGUCAGCUACUUCUCCAAGGGCGAGUAUAUAGUCAUGGGGGGCUCUGAUAAACAGGCCUCCCUCUACACUAAAGACGGUGUGCGGCUAGGCACCAUUGGAGAGCAGAAUGCCUGGGUGUGGACAUGCCGGGUUAAGCCUGACUCCAACUUUGUGGUGUUGGGCUGCCAGGAUGGGACCAUCGCCUGCUACCAACUUAUCUUCAGUACAGUUCAUGGCCUCUACAAGGAUCGCUAUGCUUAUAGAGACAGCAUGACUGAUGUCAUUGUCCAGCACCUCAUCACUGAACAAAAAGUGAGGAUAAAGUGCCGUGAGCUGGUGAAGAAGAUUGCCAUCUACAGAAACCGUCUUGCUAUCCAGCUGCCUGAGAAGAUUCUCAUCUAUGAGCUUUAUUCAGAUGACUCCUCAGACAUGCACUACCGGAUCAAGGAGAAAAUUUGCAGGAAGUUUGAAUGCAACUUGCUGGUAGUCUGCUCCCAGCAUAUCAUCCUGUGUCAGGAGAAGAGACUCCAGUGCCUGUCCUUCACCAGUGUCAGGGAAAAAGAAUGGGUGAUGGAGUCUCUAAUUCGCUACAUCAAAGUGAUUGGUGGCCCACCAGGCAGAGAGGGCCUACUAGUAGGGUUAAAGGAUGGAGCUAUCCUGAAGAUAUUUGUUGACAACCUGUUUCCCAUCACGUUGCUGAAGCUGUCAACCUCAGUGCGCUGCCUGGACAUGAGCGCCUCUCGCAAUAAACUUGCUGUGGUGGAUGAGCACAACACUCUCUUAGUCUAUGACAUCAACAGUAAAGAGCUGCUUUUUCAGGAGCCAAAUGCUAACAGCGUGGCCUGGAACACCCAAUGUGAGGACAUGCUGUGCUUUUCUGGCAAUGGCUACCUUAAUAUCAAGGCUAGCAAUUUCCCUGUACACCAGCAGAAGAUGCAAGGCUUUAUGGUUGGCUACAACGGCUCUAAGAUCUUCUGUCUCCACGUCUAUUCCAUGUCAGCUGUGGAGGUGCCCCAGUCAGCGCCUAUGUACCAGUACCUGGAGAAGAAAAUGUUUAAGGAGGCCUACCAGAUCGCCUGUCUAGGUGUGACGGACAGUGACUGGAGGGAUUUAGCCACUGAGGCCCUGGAGGGACUUGACUUUGACACUGCCAAGAAGGCCUUCAUUAGAAUCAGAGACCUGCGCUACCUGGAGCUCAUCAAUAGCAUCGAGGAGAGGAAGAAGCGGGGUGAGAACGACAAUGAGCUGUUCCUGGCAGAUGUCUAUGCCUACCAGGGGAAAUUCCAUGAGGCAGCCAAGCUUUACAAACGUACCGGCCACGAGUCCAGAGCCCUGAGCAUGUACACUGACCUGCGCAUGUUUGAUUAUGCCAAGGAGUUUAUUGGAGCAACAGACCCUAAGAAUUCACGGAUCCUGAUGACCAAGCAGGCAGACUGGGCUAAGAGCAGCAAGGAGCCCCGGGCAGCAGCAGAGAUGUACCUGUCAGCAGGAGAACAUCUCAAAGCCAUAGACAUUAUAGGGGAACACGGCUGGGAAGACAUGCUGAUCGACAUUGCUCGUAAGUUGGACAAGGCUGAACGCGAACCGCUGGCAAAAUGUGCGUUCUAUUUCAAGAGGCUGAAGCACCAUGGCUAUGCUUCAGAGACUUAUUCCAAGAUGGGAGACCUGCAGGCUCUAGUGCAGCUGCAUGUGGAAACUCGGCACUGGGAAGAGGCCUUCUCACUGGUGGAGAAGCACCCACAGUUCAAAAAUCACGUCUAUGUCCCUUAUGCACAGUGGUUAGCAGAAAAUGACCGCUUUGAGGAGGCACAAAAAGCAUUUCACAAGGCAGGGCAACAGAACGAAGCAGUUAAAGUCCUCGAGCAGCUUACCCAAAAUGCAGUGGUGGAGAACAGGUUCAACGAUGCAGGGUACUAUUAUUGGAUGCUAUCUAUGCAGUGUCUGGACAUUGCUAGAGCAGAAAGUGAAGACCAGAGGGAUGAAAUGCUGAAGAAGUUUGAGCGUUUUCAGCAUCUUGCCGAGCUCUACCACGUCUAUCGCUCCAUUCAGCGCUACACGACCGCUGUGUGUUUGACAAGGAGAAUUUCUGGCUCUGCAAGAUUAUGUCAGUCCAAAAAAAGACUCAGGGAUGAGCCCUUCAGUUCCCACAUGCCAGAGACGCUCUUCAACAUCUGCAGGUUCCUUCUGAACAACCUCACCAAGGACAUACCGCCAGGCAUUUCAAAAGUUAACACCUUGUAUGCGUUGGCCAAGCAGAGUCGAAGACUGGGUGCAUAUAAGCUUGCCAGGUAUUCCUACGAGAAACUCCAGGAGCUGCACAUUCCCUCUCGCUUCCAGGAGUCCAUAGAACUGGGCAGCCUCACCAUUCGCUCCAAACCAUUUCACGACAGCGAGGACCUGAUUGAAGGCAUGAUGUGCUACCGCUGCUCUACCAACAACCCCCUAUUGAACAACCAGGGCAGCGUGUGCAUCAACUGCCGGCAGCCUUUCAUCUACUCCGCCUCAUCAUAUGAGGUGUUGCCUCUGGUGCAGUUCUACUUGGAGGAGGGCAUCAGUGAUGAAGAGGCUGUGUCUCUAAUUGACUUAGAAGUUCCUCACACAGAUCAGAGGGAUGCACGCUGGCAGGAUAUGGACAACGGUGAGCUGCAGGCUUUGAGGUUGGAUGAUGGUUUGGAUGAUCCAGAGAAAGACCCAUUUACAGCCAAAAUGAGCUUUGAGCAGGGAGGCUCAACCUUUGUCCCCGUCAAGGUGAGUCGCUCGGUGCUUCGCUCCAUGAGCAGAAGGGACGUCCUGAUCAAACGCUGGCCCAGGCCGCUCAAAUGGGAAUACUUCCGCUCCCUGCUGCCUGAUGUAAGCAUCACUAUGUGCCCCACCUGCUUCAAGAUGUUUCACAGUGAGGAUUAUGAGCUCCUGGUGCUUCAGCACAACUGCUGUCCUUAUUGUCGCAGACCCAUCGAUGAACCAAACUGAUCUACUCAAAUCUAGAGCAGCUAUUUAAAAA